AUGUCCAUGGCUGUGGAAACUUUCGGCUUCUUCAUGGCAGCCCUGGGGCUGCUGAUGCUGGGGGUGACCCUGCCAAACAGCUACUGGCGAGUCUCCACCGUGCACGGAAGCGUCAUCACCACCAACACCAUCUUCGAGAACCUUUGGUAUAGCUGUGCUACAGACUCCCUGGGAGUCUCCAACUGCUGGGAGUUCCCGUCAAUGCUGGCCCUCUCUGGGUAUAUCCAGGCCUGCCGGGCACUCAUGAUCACCGCGAUCCUACUGGGCUUCCUUGGCCUCUUUCUGAGCAUAAUGGGGCUGCGCUGCACAACCAUUGGGAGCAUGGUGCUCUCCAGGAAAGCCAAGCUGGCAGCCAUCGCAGGGGCCCUACACAUGCUGGCUGGUGUCUGCGGGAUGGUGGCCAUCUCCUGGUAUGCCUUCAACAUCACCCGGGAGUUCUUCGACCCCCUGUAUCCUGGAACAAAAUACGAGCUGGGCCCCGCCCUCUACCUGGGCUGGAGUGCCUCUCUGCUUUCCAUCCUGGGUGGCAUCUGCCUCUGCUCUACCUGCUGUUGCAGCCCAGACGAGGACCCGGCUGCCAGCGCCCACCUUCCCUACAAGGCCUCCGGGUCCGUGGUGCCCUUUGCCGCCUCAAAGGAAGAAGGUGACAGCAGCUUUGGCAAAUACGGCAAAAACGCUUAUGUGUAGGCGCUGUGGCAGUUGAACCCCGUUUUCCUUCCCAUUGCCCCAGCGCGAAGGGGUCUCGGCGGUGUCCAGCCCACCCAAUGGCAGCCUCAGGGUAAGGCCACACCCAGGCCCCUAAUCCAGGCCCGUCUCUGGCUGGAGCCACGCCCCCCUUGCCUCACACUCCGGGGGCCUUCCAGGCCAAGAACUCCUCCUGUGUCCCUUUGGCGGAAUCCCUCUCAUCAGUCUUCGGAACCUGGGAUCUGGGCUGUGAAGGGGUCAGCGGUGACUCUGAGCGUGUGUAUUCUACAUGCAUAAAUAAAGG